GCAGCACUGCAACAAGGGAAGGAGCAGAAAGUGGGGGAGAAGAAGAGGUGAGAGUGCCAGGCAGCGGUGCACCUGGUGUGGCAGGACCAGGCUUCGGAGUUGGUGGCGUACAUGGAGGGGCACCAACCGCCAUAGGAGGAGGAACUUCUGUUUCAGACAGCACUGCAGAAAAGGAAGGAGCAGAAGGUGGACGAGAAGAAGGCGUGAGAGUGCCAGGCCAGGGUGCUCCUGGUGUUGCAGCACCAGGCUUCGGAUUUGGUGGCGUAUUUGGAGGGGUACCAACCGCCAUGGGAGGAGGUGCUUUUGUUUCAGGACGUCCAGCCCCGCAGUAUGACGAUGGCAAUUAUGCGGGCUCACGAAAGACGCUCUUUGGGAAAGGUCGCAGAUGGCGAGGCCCCCGCUGCUCAGUCGAACCUCCGCAUGAAGAAUGCACAGGUGGUAUAACAAUGUGGUUUUACGAUCCAGAGAACAAAACCUGCGCUGCUCACGAAGUUGGAAACUGCUUCAAACUCGGCUUUUUCUUCUGUCGCGCGUGUGUGGCGUCAUGUAUGGGUAUCUUCUGGCGCCGCCGAGAAAUCCAGGAGAUCUGCCAGCUUGCUGAUUGAAUGUCAGCCACUGCAAAAGGCAUUGCUUUUGUAAUGAUAUAUCCAUGCUUCCAACGUAUAGGUAUAGUUGAAGAAGUAAUAAAGAUAUGCAAUCUUCUAAAACUAACACAAAACCAAGAAAUAUAAAAGCACCAUAUUAUCUUGUGUUUCAUUACAUCUUCUCAUUCACUAAUUGAUACUAGUAGACGUAGAGCUCACCGUUGAAGCAGCAUAACAUUUAUCAGCCAAAAAUGGUUCACAAUGUUCUAAGAAGCUUCUGUUUGUAAAAUAUACAAAAGUAUACCAUAUGUACAAUAAAAAUAGAUACAUAGGGCUCGCUGCAAAGUGCUUCGUCGAUAAGAGCGAAGCCAAAGUAUGUCGAACGUCGGCACCAUGUAGAAAGCGUACUGGCAGAAGGAAACUAUAUUGAGCCACAGUGUCAUAG